CAAGAGCCAUCUAGACUUUUUGGCUCUUGCCUUCUUCUUUCCUCCGCCGCUUUGGUCGAUCCUCUGCAGUAAAUAUAAAAGAAUUGAGCUUUUAAGAGUUCCAAACAGACCCUCAAGGCACGGUUGCCCUUCGCUUUCGGGAAGAUCAUCGAAGACCCGUCUUCUUCCUUCCCUUGCCGACUGCAUUUCUGCCGAUUUAUGUCGAAGGAAUCUUGAGAUUUAACUUUAGUUAGUUAAACCCAGGAACAUAAAGAAAGACGGGUUUGAAUUUACAAGUAUGGCUAAUUUUCUCACUUCGACCCACCGAGCCAAGUGGCUAUUCACUCCUCACGACCUGAAGGACAAGUGUAAAGUUGCCAACCAAAGAGCUAAACUGUCGCUUGAGAAGUAUGGAUCGACCAAACUGGAUGUAGAUGUUGAUGGAUCAUGGUCAUAUCCUGAACCUCAAGUAGAUGUUAAAGAUAAUGAUAAACAUUCUCGUCCAAAAGCAUUAAAGCCUGAGGAAGAACAACUUCUGAGGGCAUUUUAUGAGUUCAAAAUCCAAGAUGUCUGUGAUGCCUUCAAAUUUCCUCGUAAAAUUCAGGCAACAGCUCUUAUAUACUUCAAAAGGUUUUAUCUGCAAUGGUCUGUUAUGGAGCAUCACCCAAAACAAAUCAUGUUAACUUGCAUAUAUGCUGCCUGUAAGGCUGAAGAAAACCAUGUUUCGGCAGAGGAGCUAGGUAAGGGCAUUGAACAAGAUCAUCAAAUAAUCCUCAACAAUGAGAUGCUUGUUUAUCAGAGUCUAGGAUUUGACCUUAUCGUUUAUGCACCAUAUCGGGCACUUCAAGGUUUUGUUACUGAUCUGGAGGAGUUUCUCCAUGCAACUGAUGAGGAGAUUCAAGUUCUGAAGGUUAUUAUGGAAACAGCAAAUAUGGAAGCAGAUAAGAUCAUGCUCACUGAUGCACCACUUCUCUUUCCUCCUGGACAGCUGGCUUUGGCUGUUUUGCGCAGGUCAAAUGAGAUGCAUGGAUUUUUUUCCUUUGAGGGAUAUCUUGAGAGUCUCUUGUCCCGCCAGUCUCUUUCAGACACUUUAUCUGAGUUGACCAAUAAAUUAAAUGUCAUAGACACUUUGGUGAAUAAUAUCAAGAAUCUUACAGAUGCGGACAUGAAACACAUCAAUAGAAAGCUUAGAUCAUGUCAGGAACGAAGUUCACAUGACAAGAGUAAAAAAAGGAAGCACAGAUCAAAAGAGGGAUCAAGUGAUUUGCAUUGAUAAAUGUUAGUCAUUGAUUCCAACCAAGGUAUAUAUAUGAUCCUUCCUUGGAAUAUGCCCAAGGGUCGUAUCAAGAGUCUCUUAUGCCUUUUUUUCUAACGAUGUCUCAUAAAAUGACCAAAUGCGAGGAAUUUGUGGAUUAUUAUAGAGCUUGUUGUUAAUGUUGGAAGUAUUGGAUUAGACAGUAUUAGGCAACAUUGAAAAAACUCUUCUUUUUAAUUUUCACCUGUUUUAUACUUAUGCAUUAAGCUUCUUCUACUGUUUCUAGUACUAACUAGUUGAAUAAAAUUAGUUCUAACAUUGAUUCAAGUAUGAUUGAUGAGAUUCUCCAAAUAUGGGUUUCAAUGCCUUGUAAA